GGAAAAUCUGUGUGAAUGGCACGGAGUUUCCAAACCCUAAUUGGAACCAUUGAAAGGGCUUCUUUUUUGUAAUUCAACAGCAGUAGCGGUAGCUCUCACCAAGUAAAAAUCCCAGGAAAAUGAAAAAGAAAGCACCGGAAAGGGCAGGAAAAACAAAAAUCCAAAGCAAGAAAAUGGUCACGUCCAUGGCCCAAAAGGAGCCCAUUUGCUACAAAGAUCAUCGGACCAGUUGCGUUCUCUUCACACACGCAGAGAGCUUUUUUACAACUGCUGAAAGGGUAUCGGAACCCAAACAAGAGCAGUGGCACCACCACAGCUGCUACUCCGUCAAUCAUCGUGUCCGCCUCCUCCUUGAUCUGUUCUGAGACUUACCCAUUUAUCAGAAUUGCUGAAUCUUCAUACCCAUUUCUCUUUUUUGAUCUCUAAUUUUGGAAAGCUGAGAAAGGUGUCGAGAGUCUGCGAAAUGAGUUCAGGAAACAGAGGAACGCAGUCGCACCACCAAGCUCAGUCGUCGGGGACAAGCAAUUUGAGAGUUUACCACACUGAUUCAAUGAGCAAAGCCAUUGCGCAGUAUACAAUGGAUGCUCGCCUCCACGCCGUAUACGAACAGUCCGGCGAGUCCGGUAAGUCAUUCGACUACUCGCAGUCGGUUAGAACCACAACGCAAUCGGUCCCUGAGCAACAAAUCACUGCGUAUUUAUCGAAAAUUCAACGGGGUGGCCAUAUACAGCCCUUUGGGUGUAUGCUUGCGGUCGAUGAGGCCACUUUUCGGGUCAUUGCUUUCAGCGAAAAUGCCCGAGAAAUGCUCGGUCUCACUCCGCAAUCGGUUCCGAGCCUUGAGAAGCCCGAGAUCCUCCUAGUAGGUACUGAUGUUCGCACGCUUUUCACUCCCUCGAGCGCAGUUCUCCUCGAAAAGGCGUUUGGGGCUCGGGAAAUUACGUUGUUAAAUCCCGUGUGGAUUCAUUCCAAGAAUUCUGGAAAACCCUUUUACGCAAUUUUGCAUAGAAUUGAUGUGGGAAUUGUAAUUGAUUUGGAGCCUGCAAGGACUGAGGACCCUGCUCUGUCUAUUGCUGGGGCGGUGCAGUCGCAGAAGUUGGCCGUUCGAGCAAUUUCCCAUCUUCAAUCUCUUCCCGGUGGUGAUAUUAACCUUUUGUGUGAAACUGUGGUUGAGAAUGUGAGGGAGCUUACUGGGUAUGAUCGGGUCAUGGUUUACAAAUUUCACGAGGAUGAACAUGGUGAGGUCGUGGCUGAGAGCAAGAGGUCUGAUUUGGAGCCUUAUAUUGGGUUACACUAUCCUGCCACGGACAUUCCACAGGCUUCAAGGUUUUUGUUUAGGCAGAAUCGGGUUAGGAUGAUCGUUGAUUGCCAUGCCACGCCUGUUCUGGUGAUUCAAGAUGAAGGGCUUAUGCAGCCUCUAUGCUUAGUUGGUUCAACCCUUCGGGCUCCUCAUGGCUGCCAUGCACAGUAUAUGGCCAACAUGGGUUCAACUGCCUCAUUAGCGAUGGCUGUCAUCAUCAAUGGAAAUGAUGAGGAAGCUAUUGGUGGGCGAAACUUGAUGAGGCUAUGGGGCCUGGUUGUUUGCCAUCACACAUCUGCUAGGUGCAUUCCAUUUCCUCUUCGAUAUGCCUGUGAGUUCCUAAUGCAGGCAUUUGGACUCCAAUUGAACAUGGAACUGCAGUUAGCAUCGCAAUUGUCUGAGAAACAUGUUUUAAGGACCCAGACUCUCUUGUGUGACAUGCUCCUUCGUGAUUCCCCUACUGGAAUUGUUACCCAAAGUCCUAGUAUUAUGGAUCUUGUGAAGUGUGAUGGAGCAGCACUUUAUUGCCAGGGGAAGUAUUAUCCAACUGGGGUGACCCCGACUGAAGCCCAGAUAAAGGAUAUUGCAGAGUGGUUGUUGGCAAACCAUGCGGAUUCAACAGGUUUAAGCACUGACAGUUUGGCUGAUGCUGGCUACCCUGGGGCAGCCUCACUUGGUGAUGCAGUUUGUGGAAUGGCUGUUGCUUAUAUCACUUCAAGAGAUUUUCUAUUCUGGUUUCGGUCCCACACAGCAAAAGAGAUCAAAUGGGGUGGUGCAAAGCAUCAUCCAGAGGACAAGGACGAUGGGCAGAGGAUGCAUCCUCGUUCUUCAUUCAAGGCAUUUUUAGAAGUGGUCAAGAGUCGGAGUUUGCCAUGGGAGAAUGCGGAAAUGGAUGCAAUUCAUUCUCUGCAGCUUAUUCUGCGUGACUCUUUUAAGGAUGCUACUGAUGGAAGCAAUUCUAAGGCUGUAAUGCAUGCUCAGCUCGGGGAGCUAGAGUUGCAAGGGAUGGAUGAGUUGAGCUCUGUUGCAAGAGAAAUGGUUAGGUUGAUUGAAACUGCAACAGCUCCCAUAUUUGCGGUCGAUGUUGAUGGCUGCAUAAAUGGUUGGAAUGCAAAGGUUGCGGAGUUGACGGGGCUUUCUGUUGAGGAAGCUAUGGGGAAGUCCUUGGUUCAUGAUCUUGUUUACAAGGAAUCUGAAGAAACUGUUGACAAGCUUCUUCAUCAUGCUCUACAAGGUGAAGAAGAUAAGAAUGUAGAGAUAAAAUUGAGGACAUUUGACUCACAACAGCAUAAGAAGGCUGUUUUUGUGGUCGUUAAUGCUUGCUCCAGUAGGGAUUACACAAAUAAUAUAGUUGGAGUUUGCUUUGUUGGUCAGGAUGUUACUGGUCAGAAAGUGGUAAUGGACAAAUUUAUCCAUAUACAAGGUGAUUACAAAGCUAUUGUACAUAGUCCCAACCCUUUGAUUCCUCCUAUAUUUGCUUCAGAUGAGAACACAGUUUGCUCUGAGUGGAACACUGCCAUGGAAAAGCUCACUGGGUGGAGCAGGGGGGACAUCAUUGGGAAGAUGUUGGUUGGGGAGAUUUUUGGCAGUAGCUGUCGGCUGAAGGGUCCGGAUGCUCUGACAAAAUUCAUGAUUGUGUUGCACAAUGCAAUUGGAGGGCAAGACACAGACAAGUUUCCAUUUUCCUUCUUUGACCAGAAUGGAAAAUAUGUGCAAGCUCUUUUGACGGCAAAUAAGAGAGUUAAUAUUGAGGGCCAGAUUAUUGGUGCCUUCUGCUUUUUGCAGAUUGCAAGUCCUGAAUUGCAGCAAGCUCUCAAAGUCCAAAGGCAACAGGAGAAAAAAUGCUUUGCAAGGAUGAAAGAGUUGGCUUACAUUUGUCAGGAAAUAAAGAACCCUUUAAGUGGCAUACGUUUCACUAACUCUCUUUUGGAGGCCACUGACUUAACUGAAGAUCAAAAGCAGUUUCUUGAGACUAGUGCUGCUUGUGAGAAGCAGAUGUCAAAGAUCAUAAGGGAUGUUGAUCUGGACAGCAUUGAGGAUGGUUCACUGGAGCUUGAGAGGGCUGAAUUUUUACUUGGAAGUGUCAUAAAUGCUGUUGUUAGCCAAGUAAUGAUAUUGUUGAGGGAAAGAGAUUUACAAUUGAUCCGGGACAUUCCUGAGGAAGUCAAAACACUGGCUGUUUAUGGUGAUCAAGUAAGAAUUCAACAGGUUUUGGCUGAUUUCUUACUGAAUAUGGUGCGUUAUGCACCAUCCCCAGACGGUUGGAUAGAGAUUCAAGUUCAUCCAAGAUUGAAGCAAAUUUCUGAAGAAGUAAAACUUAUGCAUAUUGAAUUCAGGAUGGUAUGCCCUGGUGAAGGUCUUCCUCCUAAUCUGAUUCAAGACAUGUUCCAUAGCAGUCGUUGGAUGACUCAGGAAGGUCUAGGGCUGAGCAUGUGCAGGAAGAUCUUAAAGCUCAUUAAUGGCGAAGUCCAAUAUAUCAGAGAAUCAGAAAGAUGUUAUUUUCUAAUCAGCAUAGAACUUCCUGUACCUCGCAGAGGCUCAAAGAGCGUUGACUAGGUUAUUGGCACCAAUGAGUCUCCAAACUUCAGGCCCUUCUCUCGCUUCAACUUCAGAUGCAACUUCUGGCAUACACAACCCACUUAAAAGCUUCAGGCUCAGUACAAGAGUCACCCAGAUGGGCUAAUGGGUAUUCAAUAAAACUACUUCAACAUCCAUUUUGGAGUGUUUCGUCCCUUCUGUGUUCCAACACACUCUAAUAUAAUAUACACCCUGGUUGAUUUCACAUCUCAGUGUAGUCCUAAAGUGUUCUCAGGAACCGGGUUAUGCCAGAUCCUACUGCAAGGGUGUGCCUCAAGUGAUCCAUCAACAGAGUCGGGGUCAGGGGUCAAUUGCAGAUUCUUUGAUAACCGGGUUUGCACUUGCAGGUAAAUCUGAGUAGGGUUUCUGCCUUAAGCAUGUUAUACUAGAUAGAAUAUUUGUAUUAUGCCCUCUCAAGUUCUCCAAGAGUGGCUGUACAAUAUCUACUUCUUCAGGUCUAAGCUAUUCUUUUUCUUUCCUUUUUUGGUGUGAUAAAACAAAUUCUCUUACUCUAUGCUUCAAGAUUAUGUAACAUGAGUACUAAUAAUCUAAUCUAAAUAUACUCUAAUUCCCCAUUC